AUGUGCGCGAAGAUAUUUUGGCGGCCAAGCGCCGUCUCACUGGACCCCAUCAGGGACGCGCAUCUAGACGGCCGUCCGCAGCGGGUAUGCGCGCAGAGGAGCCGGAGACAACGCUGGGGGCGGCUCGCUGUGCCGCAUAGGCCCGUGGUCGUGGUUCCGAAGCCAGGCGGAGGGGGGAAGCGCGCGGCGCAGCCUCGAAUCGCGGCUGCGAUCCGCAAAGAUGGACAGAGUGGCUUCGGUGUCCAGAGGGGAUUCGACGACCCCGAGUCUGCACGGCGCCACAGCGCCGCGAUGCCCGUCUUGUGGGGAGCCGUGCGGCCGUUCGGGUUGGCGCUGGGGCUGGGAUCCGCCGCGCUGGGCUCGGCCAUCUUCGGAUCCGGCGACGCCCUGGCCCUGCCGCAGGACAGGACGCCCGACGGGUUCGCGAAGGAGGCCGUGUCCGCGGCGUUUUCGGCCAAUGGCAUCCCGGAGGUGGCUGAUUCGGGCUGGACGCGCGCCAUCGAGGCCAACCCCAUGUCGGCGGACCGCUGGGCGAAUCGGGGCACCUCCAGGCUGCAGUUUGGCCAGUGGGAGGACGCCAAGAGGGACUUCGACGUGGCGCUGGCGCUGUCGGGCGAGGCCCCGCUGGAUGGGAGCAUCCUGAACAAGAGGGCAGCGGCGAGGGGGGCCAUGGGGGACUGGGAGGGCGCGAUCGAGGACCUGACCGAGGCGGUGAAGGACCCCGCCGUGAAGUCCGUGGCGCACAGCAACCUGGCCUUGGCGUUCUUCCAGGUUGGACGAGAGACAACAGCAUUGGAACAGGCCCGCUUCGUGACCAACUUCGACCCCCUCAAUCUGGAAGUGCGCUGCGCCCUUGCCGCCUUUCUUUGGUGCCGUGGGUCAGAAAAGGCUGCGAUCAAGCAGUGGGAAGAGAUGCAGGGCAAUGGGAACCAACUGGGUGCUGUCCUGUACAGCAAAGAUGGUGCGGUGCAAAGGGUUCAGGGCCGGUGGCCGCCACGAGCCACUGCUGCCCUUGUGGCAUUUUUGGACAGGAAGAAGACAGGCGUGGCCAUGGAUUUCAAUGGACAGCAACAGGUGUAUAGCUUUGCUUGA